ACAUCAACUCCAUCCCAUCUCCCUCGCAAUGGAUGGGAGGACUUCUGGUUGGCCUUUGCCUGGCUCUUUCGUUGUACGGUAUAUCCGUCGCACAGUGUUACUUUUACAUGAUGCAUUGUCAAGGUGAUGGGCUGCUCCUGCGGGGAUCUGUUCUCACCAUCUUCAUUUUGGAAACUCUCCAUACAGCGCUGCUGAUGAAUAUGGCGUACGUCUACGCCAUAGAGUCAUUUGGCAACUUCGCUGGAGUUUUACGGAUCAAUUGGUCUUGUGGAGCGAUCGUUUUCGCAGAGAUGGCGAUUGUUUUCAUAGUUCAGGGAUUCUAUGUGCGUCGAGUCUGGAUUCUUAGCAAGCGUUCCAAGCUCUUGACAGGUGUCCUUGGUGUUCUAUUCCUAACUCGAAUUGCGUUGGGUCUCGUAAGUGCCGUCAAUUCGUACCUCGCCGAGACGUGGAUAGACUUUCGCCAUACACCCAAAUUCUCCGUUGCGUUUAAUGCGGCUGAUGUAUCGUCGGUCGUACUGGAUCUGUCCCUCACUAUUCUUCUGAUAUUUGAACUGUACCGACAUACCUCAGGCGUCAAGAGAACGGAUGGUCUCGUCUACUCACUCAUAGUGUAUACAGUGAACACUGGAGCCAUAACCACAUUGGUCUCAAUCGCUAUUCUGCUUUCUUAUAUGAUUUUGGACGAGAGCCUAUUGUACGCAGGGCUCAUUGCAAUGCAAAGCAAAUUAUAUGCGAAUGCCUUCCUCGGACUUUUGAACACGAGAUUGCAGCGCAAAGCACAGCUACAGGUAGCAGCCACCAUUGAAUUGGCCCGCAGAACCGUCCACGGCGACGAAGAAACUGGUCAUAGUCGACAGAAUAAGCCUAUUGAAAUCAUGGAGUAUUCGGAGACAUCCACCACAGUUGAUCCAAGCAAUUAAAAAUGUUUUUUUGGAGACAAGCCGACUUAGUAAAUUCCUCUAUGGUGCAAUUGUAUGGCGGGGCUUCAUAUCCUGCAUCUGUCUUACUGUUACUAGAGCACCGAAUCUAGACCUGAAUUCAUUCCGUUAAGAUAAGUC